UCAAACGUUGCAGACUACCUAAUCACCUGGGAACGAACGGUACACUCGGUCAUUCACAGUGCGGGAGCAUGGAAGAGGCAGGAGCAAGGGAGCGGAAGCGGCCGCGGGAGGGCGACGCUGCCCCAUCGGCGGCGGCCGGGGAGGCACAGUACGUGUACCUGCCUAUCGCCGAUGCCCUCAAGGCCCCCGGCGCCCGGGUCUGCCUCUUCGCCACCGUCGCCGAGAUCGGCGCCGCCGUCCGCAGCCGCGGCACCGAUUUCACCCUUACAUUGAGGAUUGUGGAUCAAUCACGUGCAGCUGGGAUCUCUGUAACUUUUUUUGCUGACAACACUGCGCUACUGCCUUGUGUUAGGUCAAGCGGAGACGUGAUCAGUCUCCAUAAUGUUGUGAUAACAAUGCAUGGAGAAUUCUUUGUUACAUUUAACAAAAAGUUUUCUUCAUUUGCACUAUUUGAAGGGAAAGUAUCUACAGAGUGCAGCCCAUAUCAGACUUCUAUGAAAUAUCAUGGGAGCAAGCAUGAUAAUGAAUUUUUAACCCAGAUGAGAAUGUGGCUCGUGUCUCAUCCUCCAGGUCUAAAAGAUCUUGAAUUACAGUUAAGGAGUAUAAAAUCUGAUUCUACUUUUGAUCUAGUAUGCAAGGUUCUUCAUGUCCGUGAAACUUCCAGCAGUGAAUGGAUAUUUUAUGUUUGGGAUGGAACUGAUACCCCUGCAACUGAGUUUCAGGCAAUUUUGGACGCUAAGGUAGUUGAAUCGUCCCCUUUACAUCUUGAAGAAGCGCCUCUACCCAGGGAGGUUUUAUGCAAAAUGCCAUGUGUUGGAACUGUGCUGAGGGUUUUUGCAAACAGGUUUCUCAAGGAAGUGUUUCACUUGCAAAAGAAUAUUUAUUGGGCCAGGUUCUGCAACAUUACUUGCAAGCAAGAGUUCGGCAUAUGGAAAGGCGUUUUGCAACCUUCUAGUAGACUUCGCCUUUUAUCUCAUGAAGAUGGCAGUGUUGUUGAUCGUCUGAAGAUGUAUGACAGUCGCAUUGCCAACCAAGUUCAUCGCCGGCCAAUGGCAAGCCUCCCCGAGGCCUCUGAUGUUGCUGAUGUAGAAUAUGAGACAGCAGGUUACACAACGUUAAUGGAGUCUUUAAUUCAUGAACAGGUGACGCACAAAUUCAAAUCCCUGGUCCGUGUUGUGGCAGCAUAUCCAUGUCGAGCUAGCGACCUCUCUUUGCUUUCAACCGGUAACUAUUGUCUUCGGUUGACUCUUGAGGAUCCUACAGCAAGAAUUCACGCUUAUGUCCACAAGGAUGAUGGGGCCAAGUUCUUUGGUGGUUUUCUGACAUCGGAAGCAUUAAUCAGAAAGAUGAACAAGCUACUGGGCAUCCCAGAAGACAGUGAGGAAGGUGCUCCCUUGACCAGAAACCCACCUUGGAUAUGGUGUUGCUUGAAAUCUUACCGUUUGGACAAAAAGGAUCCCUGGGGUAGCAGGAGAUAUCGGAUCUUUGGCACCGAGAUCAGGGAUUGAGUAGGGAUGCCACUCAAAUAUGCAGGGAACAACCUUGAAAAUGAGUUGCAUGCAUAUUGUGUAGUGUUUGUAUGUGGCUAUAGUCCAUCUUGCAACGAUGGAGGGAGCACACUCAUUAGUUGCUAGCUUUCUACUUUAUAUCCUAGAACCACUAAUGCUGUUUCUCAAUGCUGUUGAAGUGCCGUCACUGGCUGCAUGUAAUUUGUAUGCUUAUGUACAAUCAGGCUAUCUAUAACAACACUGGUGGCGUUCUGUA